CUCUGUCCGUGGUGCUGGAAUUUAUAACUCACGUCUCCUCACCGCUGAACGUCAGACAUGCGGCAUAUGACGAUUCCGUAAAUUUACGUCAAUUGUACAAAAGAGCAUGUUUAACAGAUAUGAAUCCGCGUUAGAGAGCUAUGCGUGACAGUAAUGAGUGUUUAAGUGCGGUCAAGGUGUUGUCGGCACUGCAGCAUCUUCUCUGCGGCUGCUCCAUGCUGCUGCUGCAGAGUCCCGCAGACAAAGUCAUGGAGGGAGGGAAGUUGUGAGGCCAAGAAGUGGGUUUACAUCCACGCGAAACUGGCAAAUUAGAAACAAUGGCGGAAGCAAAUCCACUCAGAGGACUACCUCGACUCCAGAGGGCUGCGAUGUCCUUCCCUGGACAUUUACACUUAGUUCUGGUGCUGAGACCCAAAACUCACCCCCAGACCACUGGAACAGACCUCGGUUUCCGCUUCAGUCAGGAUGACUUUAGCCUCAAGAUGCCGAUGGUGAUGCUGAGCUCACUGACAGACCUGCUUCGCUUCAUUGAUGAAAAUCAACUCAGCACUGAGUUUGGUGAUACCCUGGAGCAGAGCCACAGUGACUGGAUAGUUCUGCGAACAUCCAUAGAGAGUUUUGCAGUGACAGUAAAAGACAUUGCUCAGCUGCUACAGCUUUUUGGAACAGAGCUGUCUGAGAUUGAGCUGCCGGAUGAAGCCAGCGGCAUUGAGUACUUACUCAGAUCACACACUGAGAAGUACAGGAAGAUGAAGGAUGACAUCAGGUCAGUGAUGAGGGAGGGCCGUCACCUGCUCUCAAACCUUGAGGCAUCUAAGGCAGUGGAAGGGGCUGCAGCAGAAGACAGAGACAUCAGCCAAGACAAAGAAAGAGUGCAGAGACUCUUGGCACAGUUGCGGGAUAUGGAAAUGGCAUUCGAUGGCUUUUUUGAGAAGCACCACCUCAAACUUCGACAAUACCUGCAACUGCUCCAGUACGAGCUGAGUUUUCAUGAGAUGGAGACCAUUCUGGAGAAACUCUGUACACAGGAGAAAGCCAUUGCAGCCGUGGGGACAACAGUAGCUCAGACGGACCAGUUACUCACAGAUCUUGAGAUGCUGGAGACCACAGCAGAGGAAGAAAUGAGUCGUGCUCAGAUUAUUAUUCUGCAUGGGCAUCAACUGGCAGCCAGUCAUCACUACGCUCUUGCCCUCAUAGUUCAGCGCUGCAAUGAACUGCGGCACCAUUGUGACACGCUCACAAUAGCCCUGCGUGCCAAACGGGCAGCUCUCAUGCGCAUACGAGACCUUCUGCUGCGACUGGAGGAGACUGGGCGCUGGUGUGAUGAGGGGGUCUAUCUGCUUGCAAACCAGCUGCUGGAUAAAUUUCAGUCCAAAGAGGGGGCACAGGCAGCCCUGAGUGACAUUGAGAGGCUGAUGGAGACCGCGCCCUCGGUCCUCCGGUCCAGUCCUGGCAUUCUCAGCCUGGAGUUUGAAGCAAUACUCACACCUCAGCUGCAGUCUCAGAUAGAAGCUGUCACAGAGAAGUUAUCAACAGUGCAGGGAAUGAUCCAGAACAGACAGGCCUGUCUAAGGAAACUGGCUGAUAUUCAGGUCAGACCCAUCCAGCUGGUCGCUCCAAGGCCCGAAACCUCACCACGCUGCAAAUCUCCGCUUUUCUCUCCUAAACACAGCUUUGAUGUGAACUCCAGUUUGAGGUUUUCUUUUGAUCUCGCACUGCCUGGUAAACGGGCCUCAAGGAAAAAUCCCAGCUCAAAAAAGAUAGAAGUGAUGCACGACUAUGAGGAGAAUCGCAGCUGCCUGUCUUACGGCCCAGAGGGGGUUGAGAACCCGGACCAGCACAAACGGCAUGUAAUGAAGGAGUUAAUCGAGACGGAGAGAAUCUAUGUGGAGGAGCUGCUGUCUGUUUUGCUGGGAUACAGGGCAGAGAUGGAUAAUCCCUCUCUCUCCAACAUACUGCCAUCUGUACUGCGAAACAAGAAAGAGGAGCUGUUUGGAAAUCUGCCGGAGAUCUAUAAAUUUCACAGCAGGAUAUUCCUGCAGGACUUGGAGAACUGCUUAGAAACUCCAGAGAGAGUAGGAGCACACUUUUUGGCAAGGAAGGAAAAUUUUCAGGUGUAUGAACGCUACUGCCGGAACAAACCACGUUCAGAUGCUCUCUGGAGACAGUGUUCAGAUUCUGCCUUCAUUCAGGAGUGUAAGAGAAAGCUGGACCAUAAACUAGGGCUGGACUCAUAUUUGCUGAAACCUGUUCAGCGUUUAACCAAAUAUCAGCUUCUUUUGAAGGAACUUUUAAAACACAGUUUAAACUCGCAGUACGCACCGGAGCUGCAGGGGGCGCUAAAUGCAAUGCUGGACCUUCUCAAGUCUGUCAAUGACUCCAUGCAUCAAAUUGCCAUCACCGGUUAUGAGGGUGAACUGAGCAACCUGGGCCGUGUCCUGAUGCAGGGCUCUUUCAACGUGUGGAUCAACCACAGGAAAGGGGCUACACGCAUGAAGGACAUGGCUCGCUUUAAACCUAUGCAGAGGCAUCUGUUCCUGCACGAGAGAGCUCUGCUUUUCUGCAAGAAGAGGGAGGAGAAUGGAGAUGGACCUGAUCGAACAUCAUCUUACAGCUUCAAACACUGCCUGAUGAUGAGUGCGGUCACCAUCACAGAAAAUAUCAAAGGAGAUCUGAAGAAAUUUGAAAUCUGGUUCAAUGGUAAAGAGGAGGUCUAUGUUGUUCAGGCUCCAACAGUCGAAGUGAAAGUUGCCUGGCUUACUGAGAUUAGAAAAAUACUAAACAACCAGCAAAAGAGUGUCAAAGAUGAUGCUCACCAAGGUCACGAUGAUGAGCACCUGUCAUUUGCACCCUUGGCAGACAGUGUGGGCCAUAUGUCCGUAUGCAUGCCCUGGAGUUCCACACAGAUCACUGGCUGCUCAGGUUGUUUUGAUGUCCUUCCUCACAGCAAGCUCCAGGGGGCGUCGGUCAGCUCGGAAGAAGCCGAUUCGGGCCGCACCAGUCCGGUUCUGACGGACCCGGUCAUCGUUUCUCCGCGUCCACGGCAACAAAAUAACCGGCGCAGCUGGCCAGGGACAUCUCACUCAGUGGACAUAUGUGAGGGUUUGGAGGACUGGACCACGGACCUUUCAAACAUCUCCGACUCAGAUGAAGAAGAUGAUGUGUUGCUGGUUCCUGGGAGGUACAGAGCAAUGGUGGACCACUUGAAAUGUGGCAAGGAUGACGUAAUUAUCAAAAGUGGUGAUGUCAUUCAUGUGCUUCAGGAGAAUGCCAUGGGACUUUGGCAGGUUAAGAAUUUGACACGUGGCGGUGAAGGCCAACUCCCCAUUGAUAAACUGCUGAGAAUGCUGGGAGAUGCAGGCAGAAGUCCAUCCAUUAGGUCGGGACGUGAGUUAAUGGUACGGGAAAUAUAAACAACGGGAUGCCGAGCAUCAAAAUAGAACACACAUUAACACAAAGCUCUCACCAUGUGACAACCCUAAAGGCCAUAACUGUCAUCCAGGACUGAGCCCAGUCACACCACGUGAUGCACAUUAACAAACAAACUUAAAGUCAGGAAAACAGAACCGCCAAGUCAACUGAGAGUUCCCAUCUGCCAUUGUGAAUCAUGUCAGAUUUAGAAACGAAAAUUGCUUGUUUAGAAAUAGAAUGAACCAAAUACAUUGAUACACACUGACACUUCUCCAUCUGCAACCAUGCAGUCUGAAAAUAAUAAGACAUUUGUCAAAAACAUUUGAGCACAAAUUUUACAAUAACACAGAUCUACUUCAUUCUUGGAAAUCACCAAACUGUGCCAUAAAAUGUGAUAAAAAACAUGCAUUUUGUGUAGUUAUCAAAAUAUUUAAGUGUAUGUUAUAUUUUAAAAAGCCAAUAUCUAUGGAGAGGAUAGGCGGUACUCCAAUUUAACGCUCCACUAUUUUUCUCUUCAGAUGGGUACAAUGGUUGUGCACUUGUUUAAAAAAGCCAUUAUAAUGCUGGAAUGGACACCAGCUAUGCAGUGGAUGAAAGAUGAACAUACACAUCUGUUAAUACUCUGUGCCAAAACCUAACAUUCCAGGUUAAUCUUUAUCCCUCUUUUUCUUCUUUUAAAUAUUCAGAUUUGUCUUUGGCAGCAGUUUUUCUCUGCAAGAAAUAUUUAGAUAUGCAUUUAAAUUAAUAGUCAAAAGUGAUUUUGUUACAGCUUUCGCUGUUCACAAUAAUGCUGCUUGCUCUUAUGUGCACCACGUGAAGUGUAUGCGCUUAUAUUCAUCUUUACUUUGAGACAGACUGUGGAAGCAAGCUUAAAGGGACGGUUCAUCCAAAUUUUGUCUUCAUUUACUUACCUUCAAGUUGUUCCAAAUCUGACUACCAUAGUAGUAAAAACUGCUUAAUAAAUGUGUUUGUUCUGCUGAACGCAAAAGAAGAUAUUUUGAAGAAUUUAGGAAAGCAGUUCUGGGGCAUGUUUGACGACUAUUGUAAUUUUUCUUACUAUGGUAGUCAAUGGUGGCCAAGAACUGUUUGGUUACAAGUAUUCUUCCAAAUAUCUUUCUCUGUGUUCAUCAGAAUUUAUACAGAUUUAGUGAAAGAGUGAGGACAAGUUUUUUGUGCUCUGCUUUUAACACAUCCAAGUGCACACACACAGCAGUGAGUAACACAUUGAGGGAGAGUAAAUGAUAACAGAAUUUUUAUUUUUGGGUGAACUGUUCCUUUAAGUUAUUAAAGUGUUUAUUGUUGACCCAGGAAAGUAAAAUCACAGCUGGGAUGUCUUUAAUAUCUCCAUUGUUUCACCCAGACAGUAAUAACUCUUCCACAACUAAAUUGUCUGAGCGAUGACUUUAUAGCAGUAUAAUCUUACUGUGUUUCAACAAUUAUUUUAAUUUUUAUUAUAAAGAAAUUUAAGAUUAACAUCUGGGACAAAGUUGAUACGUAAAUGCAAAAAAACAACAACAACAGAGAACUCACAAGCUAUGAAAGACCAACAAAAAAGUCUCUCUAAAGAAGACCGAGCUAAAAGGUUAGUUUUGUGUUAAUAUUUUAUUUAAAAAUUCGACAUAACUUGGGUCAGUUUAGGUUACUGAAAUAAAACUUUGCUUGUUGCUGUAUGACAAUGUAAGGCCCACUGCUGUCCAUUCCAUUAUUUUAGUUCCUGCACUCUUUUCUCUGUCAUUUAAAGUGUGCCCUCCGAUGUGCACUUAACUUUGUUAACUACUGAAAAAAACAUUGUUUGAUGCGAGAUGUCAAAACAUAUUUCACCUGUUAGCAUCACUAAAAACAAAACAAUUUGCAUGUCUUCCCAUUUUGUUAACUGGUCAUGUGACACAGAAGAUAAAGUGGGGUGCAGUCUGAAUGAGCGUCAUGUGUACUUCAGUUUCAAGUACACUUCUUAAAGCCAUGUACUUUUGGUGUAUACUAUGUACAGAAUGAGUUGAGACGAAAGUGACCUCAUGUUGAUUUGUGAUAUGAAAAUAAUUUCACUAGAUGUACAAGCACAACAUCUAAGAUACUAUAUUUUUUCUUGGUUGUUUCAAUGCUGUUGUUGAAUGAUGACUAGUAAAUAUCUGUACAGAAAUGCC